ACAACCUAAGAUUUUUGUAGUGGAGCACUUGUUUGUUUUGUUUACAAUUAAAAGGCCAACCAAUCACGGAUAUAUAUUCACUGGCGAAACGCACGUGUCCAGAUUGCAUUGAGGAUUGGAGAGCAGCUGGCCACGGAACACGGCUUAGGAGCAGUCUUCCCCUGAAUUAACCGCCGGGUAGAAUUUUCUUACCUUGCAUCAGAGACCUGUGCUAAAAUUCUCAGGAAUUCUCUAUUUAUGGCUUCGAAUGCUCAGCUUGGAAAGAUCAUCUUGUCCGCCGCAAUUUUCGCGUUUUCAUACUACUUCUUUUGGGUGGCAGUUCUUCCGUUUAUGCUGAUCGAUGAAGCGAAUCCCAUCCGGUUGUUUUUCCCGCCGCUGAAGUACGCUUUCAUAGUGCCCACUGUAUUUGGGGUGAUUUUCCUCGGCGGCAUCGCCGCGUUCUCCUUCUACCACAUCUGGAGCCUGAAGGUGAAGCGCGAUUAA